CGAGUUCGAUUUAAUUCUGUCCAAGCUGUUGCAUAGUAUGGACAUAGUAGUGAAAUGUGCAAAGAGUUUAUACAACAAACGGUACGCGGUAAACAUUAUAGAACAUUGCGAUUUUAUCAAAUGAUCAGUGCAUCUUGCUAGCCAAUUAACGACUAGUAAUUAUUUGGAUCCCUGAUAUACAGAAAAACAACAACAGUGCAAAAUGUGGUGCUUGAUCAGCCAGCCGAAUUCUGUUGUUUUCGAGGUCCGUUGCGACCCCAAGUCCAUUGGCGAAGAAUGCCUCGAAAAGGUGUGCAAGUAUUUGGGCAUCUCCAACGAGUCCGACUAUUUUGGACUGAAAUACGAAAGUAACAAGGGAGAGGAGUUGUGGCUGAACUUAAGAAACCCUAUAGACAGACAGGUCAACUGCCAUGGUCACACCUCGCCCCUCAGGUUGGCCCUCAGGGUCAAGUUUUGGGUGCCGCCCCACCUAUUACUGCAGGAAAACACUAGGCAUCAAUUUUACCUGCAUGCGCGCAUAGACCUGGAGGAGAAACGUCUCCUGGGCUGCGAUUGGGACAGCGUGGCAAGACUGAUGGCCCUAAUUGCUCAAGCGGAAAGUGGAGAUUAUGACCCCAUUCACCCGCCCCACAACACUUACAUGCAGGUCUCCACCAUCACUCCAAUGAACUCAGAAACUCAACCGAAACCGCUGGAUCUUCUACAAAUGACCAUCAACGAGCACAAAAAGUACAAGGGCAUGAAACGAUCCACUGCCGAAUAUUGGUUGUUGAAGGAAAUUGCUGAAUUUGAAAAUUACGGGGAGGAAUUGUUCAACGCCAAGCCCCAUGGUGCUAUAAUGCUGGGCGUGGGACCACACGGAAUCACCAUCUACGAGAAGAACAAGGAGAAACAGCUCAUAUCGUUCACCAACAUAAUCAGUGCUUCAUCGCAUCGUAGAUCUUUUAAAUUGGAAUACCUCUCGAUGGAAGACAAAGAAUCCCUACUGGAAACCAAGUUGGAUUCGAACCACAUUGCCAGCAGCCUAUACAGGGCGAUCACGGAAAAACACGCUUUCUACAGCUGCGAGACGGUGAGGAGUGCGGUGACCACGCAGUUCAUCAGAGAUUUAAAAGGGACCAUUGUAUCUAUUUUCAACGAGGACUCCACCUUGGGAAAAAAGUACGUUUUUGAUAUCAGAAGGACAUGCAGGGAAGUUUACGACAACGCCAGAAGGGCCCUCUACCUAGAAAACAACAUACAAAUGUCGGCGCAAGAAAAACCUGGAUGCGGACACGAUAGAGAUCAUUGCAAAGACUCUGAGGAAAGACUGACGAGGUUGAUGGACGCGCUAACGUGCAAAAUUUGCAUGGACUGUCAGAUCGAUUCGGUGUUCCUGCCCUGCGCGCACGUGGUGGCUUGCCAGAGCUGCGCAGCAAGGUGCGACAGGUGCCCCCUCUGUCGGUCGGACAUCACGCAGGCGCAGAAACUGUACCUGCCUGGCGAAUUCAGGCAGCAGAUACAAUGUUAAAAUUUACGUGUAUGUGGUAAAGAUGCUUCAAGAUGAGUUUUAUUUUUUAUAUACAACAGCGUCAGAGACUUAAGACUAUACUUAAAAUUUUUGUGAAAAAUCACGUUUCUUUACAAUUGGAUCUCGAUUAGAUUUUAAGUUUUUUGGGAUUAAAAAAAUUGAAGGUUUUUUAAUUUCAUUUUGUUGACAAAAAUAUUGACAAUAGUUUCGUUACUAAUUUUUUACAUCUCACAAUUUUCGUUGUUUUUAAACUUUUGAUUAUGGAAAUUGACAUAGUUAACUUCUACAAGUCAUUGGCAUAUCUUUUACCUUUUUUUAUCUUGUGAUUAUGUGUUUCAAAUCUCACAUUGGGGUUUUCCUUAAUUUUUUUACUGUGUAAAAACCUAUCUGUAGUUAAGAACUGAUUUUAACUUUUAAUGUUUGACAAUAGUCGUAAUAUUAAACACAAUAAUGCAAAACUAUAUACAAAUCUUAGUCAUUAUCAAUGCAAACUAAAAUUAGGAUUAGAUUUAAGUUAUAUUUAUCUAUUGUGAGAUAAAUAGAAAGAAAAUUAAUAUACAAAAGAUGUUUAGUAUUAACGAAAAAACUGUGGUGAUAAAAUUUAUUUUGUGAUAAUUUGAAUUGGAAAAAUUCGUUACUUUUUUCUGUUUAACAUCUAUUUUGUAUAUGUUCACAUACUUGUAAAUAAAUGUUACUUUAAAUAGUCCUCGACUAUUAGUAUUUUGUUAGUAUUAAAUCUGCUUAUAAAUGUCAGAAAUAAAUACAUAAAUCUAAAAAUC